AUGCAUCUGUUUGCCGUCUCUGUGCUGCUAAUGCUUGCCAUUCCAUUUAUCAUGACCGAACUUGAUUCAUUCAGUUCAUGUCUUGAUUCUUUUUCAAAUGAAAAACCUCCAGUGAUUCAUGAUAUUCUGGAGAAUUCAGUCUCAAAGGAUCAAAACCGUUAAGAACAUUAAGGCAGAAUCUUUUUUGCAACUCUCUAUGACACAGGAAAUAAGAUCCCCAUUUUCUCAGCCUACAAAUAUACCGGGAAAGGAGCUUUCACAAGACCAAAGAUUAAUUUUCGCAGUGAGAGUAAGCUUAAUAAUCAGCAGCAGGCUCAAGAUAAGGACUACAGAAACAACAACAUAAGGAUGAGUCGUGGUCAUUUAUUUCCCAGCAGCCAUGCAGCUGAUCUAGAAACUGCCUCUUCUACAUUCACCCUGACCAAUGCUGUGCCACAGGAGGAAAGCUUUAAUAAAGGAAUAUGGAAGAUCAAGGAAGAAACUUUUCAAAAAAACAUGAAUGAAAACUGCCUUAGUAAUAACAACAAAAUUGUGGCCCAUGUGCUGACAGGAGCUAUACCUGGCACCGAGAAAAUGAAGGAGAAAGUGAACAUUCCUUCACACGUGUGGAUGGCUUUUUGCUGCUAUAACAAUAAGAAAGAUUCAUGGGUCUCCCAAGCUUACUGUGCUACAAACGAAGCAAACAGCAAAGCCGACCUUACUACAGAAAGCUUGUCUGAGUUACAGCAAUUCAUAAAUGUUAAAUUGGGGAAAGAAGUAGUUCUGUUUCAUGACAUGUCCCUUCCAGCUCAGGUGAGCCUUCCAUUCCUUCCCGAUCUUCAUGUGGAGAUCGAGAAGGCUUGGAAAAAUCAAUUCUUGUCCCGCAUCCACAGAUUCCAGCAUACUAGUUAUGCCAACAUCGAGGGGAUGCGUGAGAAUGGUUAUGAAAAGAUGCCCCUUUCCCUGCUGUCCAAACCCCUUCAAAAAAGGGAUACUUCUCGUUUGACUGUCAGGUCAUACGGGGCAGCAGGUCAGGCUGCAGCCUCGUUGCACACCAAGGUGGUGCUUCCGGCUUAUCAGGCUGAACUACUGAAAGUGGAUAAAGGCAGGGUCUAUCCCUGA